GGCCGGAGGAGUUGGGCCGCGGAGGCAGUUGGAGGAGUGUGUGGGUUCUCCUGCCCGGCAGCUACGGAGCGCCCGCGGCUGGUCCGUCCCGGUCGCUGCGUCCCGCGUGGUGCAGGCUGCCCGCUGAGCUGAGCGGCGGCGGCGGCGGCGGCGGCGGCGGCGGGACCUGACGGACGCGCCUCCCGGUCACGCCAGGCUCCCCACUUCCCUUCGCCCGCACUUCCUCCUGCCGCAGCGCGGUGCCGGCUGGGCGGGCGGGGAUGGCGGCCCGGGGGAGCUGCCCGGCGCCGACGCGACGGCUGCUCGUGCUCCUGCUGCUUCCGCUGCUCUGGGCCCCGGUCGGGGUCCGCGCCGGCGCCGACGAAGACCUGAGCCACCGGAACCAGGAGCCGCCGGCGCCCGCCCAGCAGCUGCAGCCGCAGCCCGCGGCCGUGCAGGGCCUCGAGCCGGCCCGGGCCGAGAAAGGAAUUACACCAGCCGCCCCAGUUCACACCAACAGAGAAGAUGCAGCUACCCAGACGAAUCUGGGAUUUAUCCAUGCAUUUGUCGCUGCCAUAUCAGUCAUCAUAGUGUCUGAACUCGGUGACAAGACAUUUUUCAUAGCGGCCAUCAUGGCGAUGCGUUAUAACCGGCUGACUGUGCUGGCUGGUGCCAUGCUUGCCUUGGCCCUGAUGACAUGCUUGUCGGUUUUGUUUGGCUAUGCCACAACAGUCAUCCCCAGGGUGUAUACCUACUAUGUUUCAACUGCACUCUUUGCCAUUUUUGGCAUCAGAAUGCUUCGGGAAGGUUUGAAGAUGAGCCCAGAUGAGGGUCAGGAGGAGCUGGAAGAAGUUCAAGCAGAGUUGAAGAAGAAGGACGAAGAAUUCCAACGAACCAAACUCUUAAAUGGACCAGAUGUUGAAACUGGUACAAGCACAACAAUACCUCAGAAAAAGUGGUUGCAUUUUAUUUCACCCAUUUUUGUUCAAGCGCUCACGUUAACAUUCUUGGCGGAAUGGGGCGAUCGCUCUCAGCUCACUACUAUUGUUCUGGCAGCUAGAGAGGAUCCCUAUGGUGUAGCAGUGGGUGGAACAGUGGGACACUGCUUAUGCACUGGAUUGGCAGUAAUUGGAGGAAGGAUGAUAGCACAGAAAAUAUCUGUUAGAACAGUGACAAUCAUAGGAGGCAUCGUUUUUUUGGCAUUUGCGUUUUCUGCACUAUUUAUAAGUCCAGAUUCUGGUUUUUAAAACACUGUCCAUCUGUAUUCAGCUUAAGAUAUGCAACUUUCUGUACAUAGUGUACAUCACAACUAAAAGUAAUGGAAAAUACUGUAUUUUGUAGUAUUAAUUUGUAAGUUUGACCCAUUUAAUGAAGUAUUAUGUCCAAAAGAGAUAAUCAUUGAUCUUAUUUGUAAAAAAUUUUAAAAGAAAGUCUGAUUUCUCAGUGUGGGUUUUUCUCUAGCCUGAUUAUGUUAACACUUGAGCCCCACUUCAGUUUGGACAUGUGUAUCCACUGCAGUGGGACUGAUCUCUUGAGUUUUUUUGUUGUAUGACGCUUUUAUAAAUAUAUUUUCUCCUUGGUCACUGGGGUGUUUAUAUGUAUAGCUUAAACAUUUCCUUGGGGGAAAGAAUGAAUUGUUUGUACUUUUAAAACCCUAUUCCUGAGCCAGUAGAGUAAUCAGUAGUUUUAUCUUGUCUUUUGGGAAUUAGGAUUAAAGAGAGAAAUAGGUUUUACUGUUGUAUCAAUAACAUGCCAUAAGAGUUGUUGGCUAGGUCCAUUCUCUCUUAUUUUUUUUUAAUUGGGUAGGACACCCAAUAUAAAAAUAGUCAAUAUUUGACAACAUGGACUUACCAAAUUAAAAGAGAAUACUAUGAAUGUAUUCCUAUUUUUUUCUAUAUUGAAUAAACAAUGUAACAGAUACAAUGUAAAUAAAAGUGGUAUGAGUAGUA